UUUCCUUAUUUUAUGUGUGUGGAGAAUCAUACAUGUGUUUAUAAUAUGGAGAUAUUUCUAUUAUUUGGAACUAUUCUUUGCAGCCAAGUGCUCAGCCAAACAUUGUCGGGGAACGGGACGUCUGGAGGUUUCACAGUCAAAGAGAACGCAUCCAUUCAACUGACGUGUACCUCGUCUACUGAUGUCAAGUAUGUUACCUAUUUUAGAAGAGAUCCGUUUGAACGUAGUAUGACCUCAGUAGGCUACGGCUCAUCAGGAUGUGGCACCGACCCCGUACCGCCGUCCUACAUCAGCUGCUCAUGUGUCAGUAGAAGAGAAUACGUCUGUGUCAUCGGAACCGUCACCAGAGCCAUGAACGGGGACGUUUGGUUUUGUCUAACUCCAGGAGGAAAUAUACGUGACGACAGUGGGGAUAAAACAAUCGUCGUAACAGUUGGCAUAACAUCGGUGUCUAUGGUAUUCCCGGCGGUCAGCCCCGUCUCUGUCAUAGAACACACCGCCCAGCAGUUUCGGUGUGAGACAUCUGCCGGGAACCCACAGGCCAUCAUGGAGUGGUACAAGGAUAAUGGUACACCGGACAUGACGGAUGACACAGAAAUUAUUUCCGGGAAAGAGACAAACACUAGCGCAAGUGGUACACUGUCUGUGACUAUCGGUAAACUGACGUUGACUGUGCAGAGAAACGAUCAUGAGGUGGGCGUGUACUGCAGGGCAAACAACGGCGGGGCUUGGCUGUAUUCCUUAAAUGUGAUUUUAGAUGUUCAAUAUGAGCCCUCCACUCCGAAAGUAUCCUACCAGGGUUCCGAGGUUACCUCCCCUUUACGGGUAAUAUUCGGGCGUUCCAUGACGCUUAUAUGCAGCAGCAUGGGGAACCCGAGCCCUACUUACACCUGGACAUACCAUGGUAGAGGGUCACAAAGUGGUCUCACGCUCACACUGGUCAGCGUGCAGACAAGACACGCCGGAACUGUCACGUGCACAGCAAGGAACAAGUUGACACCUUCUGGGGCGACAGCGGUUGAUAAAACUCAAUCGACAACCAUCAACCUUCAGGUUUUGUAUUCCCCGAGUUCACCCUCUUGUACCAUCAGUGGAAAAUUUAUCUCGACCACGGCCAUACUAGUGGAGGGCACAGACCGCAUUAUCAGCUGCACCAGUUACGCCAACCCGCCCCUGGUCACGUACAUUUGGUCAACUCCGAGUGGUGGACAAGUGUCCGGAGCCAAUUUGUCCCUGACCAAUGUCAAGCACCCAGCUGACCACGGCCAGUACACCCUUACGGUCACAAACACAAUGGACCCAACAGAAGAAAACACAGAAACGGGAACUAACAGCACAGCGUUCUCGGUAGAUGUCCAGUUUGGACCUAAAGUGCAACUUCCUCAGAUUUAUGACAUUUUGGAGGGCAGUGCCGUGAACUAUUCAUGUUCUGUCAUAUCUGGGAACCCUUCUCAGACAUUCUUUAUCUGGACGAGGUCAUUUGACAGCAGGCAAUGGAACAGCCAAAUUUUCAGUAUUACCUCUGUGCAGAAAUCAGACGACGGCAUGUACACAUGCACCGCGUCAAACCAUAUGACGCCUACUGGAUCUCCCGGCCAGACCGGAAAUCAUAGCGGAACCAUGCACCUUAAUGUUCAGUAUAAGUCAAGCGUAACAGAGUUUCGUGUGACUGGAAACAGGCACGAAGCAAACGUAACAGAAACAGAUAAAGGAAGUACGACGUUCACCUGCAUGGUGGAUAGCAAUCCUCCAUCAACCAUCAAGAUUAAAAAGGACGGUGAACUGAGAAAAUCCGUCGAUCACUCAAAAGAGCUGGAGUACACGAUUGCAAAUCUGGCAUGCACGGAUGCUGGGCUUUACACUUGUGGUGGUAGCAACCAGUUCAAUUUUGACAAGCCUUCAGCAAAGGAGUUACAUAUGUUUGUUACAUGUUCACCACGGCGCCCUCCUGGCCAGGAUAUUAAGUUGAAUUUUACAGCUCGAUUACAUGAUAAUGUAACACUGCAGUACACUGUGGUUGCGUACCCAGUCCCGAUCGCCUCACAGUUCGUCUGGAAAAGAUGUUUUGGCAGAAAUAUUUGCGUACAAUUAUCAAACAUCCCCGCAAAAUAUGAAAUUACAACAAUGGACUUGUCGAGUAACUUGACCAUUGUUGAUACUGAUAUUGAUGAUUUUGGCGUAUACAGUCUUUCAGUUAGCAAUGGCAUUGGCGAGGAAAUAGUCGAGGAUAUAUUUCUGCAGUCAGUCGAUCCACCUGAUACUCCAAGCUGGUUCAUGGUGAUUUCAAAUACAGUCACGAGUUCAAGCGCUGUUCUAUCAUGGAUUCCUGGACCUAACAAUGGGUCUCCGCAAACAUUCCAAAUAUCAUAUCGAGUAUUAAAUACUUUGGCGGAUUGGCUGGAUGUUAGUGUUCAACAUAACGGAGAAACUGAGAUGAACGUAACCCUUAUUAGUUUAGAUCCAGGGAGAUCCUACUUUGCCAAAUGUUAUGCUAUGAAUAUAGCAGGUGAUUCAGGGAAACAAAUACUAACAUUCAGCACAUUAAAAGAAGUUGCCCAUGCUGAAUCACAUGUCGCUGUAAUUGCUGGUGGUGUAACGGCUGGGGUUAUAACGAUGGUAGUCAUUGUCGUCGUUUUCUGUGUUCUUCGAAAUCAAUAUUCGUGUGCGUUCAAGGUCACACGUAAAGAAGAUUCACGCUCAAGACCUACUGUACCUUUUGCUGAGAUUACUGGUGAUAACGAUGCCGUGACUUACGAAACUGUAUCAGCGAAAAACAACACACCUGUUUACGACGAUUUGGGUGUUGGAAAUGAAGGACAGGAUACUCCACACGUGUACAUGCCGCUAGAUGAGUCCAGGUCAAGUUCCGAUCCAAACAAGGCGAAAUCAAAGACAGAGGUUCCCAUUUACCGCAACACGAUGGCGAAGAACCAAGUGCAGACAGUGCUUUAAGUGAGAAAUCCGAAUUCCAUGUAUGAUGAACUCACGAGCUCAUGAGCUAUGGUGAUUAAUUGUUGUCGAUACUGAGUAACUCCGCAAUGCUAUUCGUUGAUUGUACAAUAUUGAUAUAUGUAUAUAUAUAUACUGAUAAGAAAAUGAGAUCAUGCUGCGAAUUGUAUACGAAAAAACUAUCCAUCCUAAAACUGUAAAUCUAUUUUAUAUCAGAGCAAAUUAUAACAUACAACUGGACACUAAAUCAUAAAGAUCUAACUUGCAUGUCUCUUUAGUUUUCUUUUAACUAAUUCCCAGAAAAACAUAAUUAAGGAUAAAAUUAUUUGUUUACGGAGAAUACUUUCGACCUGAUUGCUAUCUCCUGUUCAUCGAUAAGCUUCUGAGUGACCUAGAGGCUUCAGAUGAACUAACGCUGGAUUACGAAGAUCUACACUACCAUUCCAAGAUUAAGCUGUGACGAGCCAUGCCAAUAUUGUUUAGAUCGCAAAAAUAAAGAUGAUGCUGUGCUAAUCAACUCAAUUACCUUUCAUUUAACAGAAUCGGCAACUCUCUUUGGAAAAGUCCUUCACAAAUCGUUCUAAUAAAACCGUACUGUUAAAGCUAGAAAAAUGAAUGAUAUUUGUAUGAUUUGAGCAAUAAACGUGAAUUAAUAUAAUAAUUGUGCAGCAUUAUAAAAUUCAUGUUUGUUAUUUAUAUCUCUCUGUAAGGACUAUUACUCGGCGAAUAAUACUCACGUAUAUGACAUGAUACUACGAUUAAUUAGCUUGUUACAUUACAUUACCUGAAAUCAGCAUUUUAAUUUUAAUGUUUUUUGUUCAUUAUAUUGUUGUCUGACAUUAAUGCUUUAUAAACAGGUACAGGUUACUCUUAAUACUGGUACAUGUUUUGCUUUACAUUAUAAUCAAUAUAAACCACCUUAGAUUACUUGUGUUUCUUUCUCGGCAAGUUAUUGCAACAGGUGCGAUGACUGAAACCUUAUUACUUGUGUUUUGAUAGUGUAAUGAGGAGAGUAACAUGGCGUUGGUGUGGUAUUCGCAGUAGAUAGGAUUUGUUUUGCAAAACAAUAAAUUUUAUUCUCUUGUGCCUUACUAUAUACAUGUUAACCAACUACAACAUGAUAUAUAUAUAAUUUAUUGCUUAAAUAAAUUGUUUUACAGUGGCUUAACAUUAUACAAACAUUCCUUGGAGAUGUGGUGAUGCCAUGGUAAAAAAAUAGCAUAUCUUAGGAACAUGACGGA